UUUCUUUCUUAUUUUAAGCUCUUGCAAGCAUGUGAUUAGAGAAAACUCCCAGAUGGAUAUGCAGCUUUUUUCAGAAAAAAAAAAAAAAACAAAACAAAACAAAAAGGCAAAAAAGAGGGAAAGGGAAAGCAGAUGAUCCCCUAUACUUUACCCAGUCAUGAAUAAAAAAAAAGUGGUCUGUUCGUAUAUUGAGUCUGGAAGAGGAGUAAUGUCAUGCAACAGAAGACUGCCCCAGAAUUCUUGCAGAUUCCAGCUUGAACAGGACGUUAAAAGGCUUCAGCAAUUACUUCAGGAGGAGACGAAUUUACGUGCUGUCCUCGAAAAUGCGCUGGAGCAUGCAGCUGUGACAUUGUCCGAUUUAUCGUAUCUUCCGAAUAAUGCUCAAGAACUGCUGUCGAAUAUUUCCACAUUGGAGACGACUAUUCUAAGGCUCGAAGAAGAGAUGAUUUCUCUGCAUUUUCAGCUUAUCCAAGAGAGGAAUGAGAGAAGGCUUGCAGAGUAUCGGUUGAAACAAUUACCAUUGCAACCAUUUCCUGGUUGUUCUCAUCAAACGGAAACGGGACCAUUAGAUGGCAAGAUUGCCCAAGAGGAGUUGGCUGUUCCUCAAGUCCGUCAACGAGAAGUUGGCAAGUUACAGAAACAGGUUUCAGUGAAAGGUCUAUGUAAUUACCCUAACAAGCUGUCGGAAGAGAUAGUCCGAUGCAUGAGGAACAUCUUUAUCUCAUUAGCAGAUUCUUCAGUGGUAUAUCCCAAAUCUUCUGCACAGGAGAAGCUGCCGUCUUCUCCUUCUCCUACCGGCCGGUAUUCAGUUUCGUCAUACUGGUCUUUGUCGGAGCCUCGGACAACUUCAUCAUGGGAACAGAGCCCUCAAGUUGUUUCGGAGUGUAGUAAUGAACUUCUCGCCUCAGAAGGUGCUUUUGAUCCAUAUAGAGAUCGCGAAAAACUCGGUUGGGCCGACAUUGGAAACUACGGUUUAGCAACCGAGGUUUCGUGGAUGUCAGUGGGAAAGAAGCAGCUUGAAUAUGCUGCUGAGGCACUAAGGGAAUUCAGAUCACUAAUUGAACAGCUGGGAGAAGUAAACCCCGUUCAGCUUAAUCAUGAAGAGCGGCUGGCCUUUUGGAUCAACUUAUACAAUGCUCUAAUGAUGCAUGCUUAUCUUGCUUAUGGAGUUCCAAGAAGCGACAUGAAACUCUUUUCACUAAUGCAAAAGGCAGCAUACACAGUUGGGGGCCAUUCAUUUAGUGCUGCUUGCAUUGAGUAUGUGAUAUUGAAGAUGAAGCUGCAAACCUACAGGCCACAAACGGCUUUUCUUCUCGCCCUUCACAAGUUGAAGACAUCAGAAGAGCAUAAAAAGUUCUCUAUUGAGAAAUCUGAGCCGCUCAUUGCAUUUGCUCUAAGCUGUGGGAUGUUUUCUUCUCCAGCGGUGAAGAUAUACACCCCCAUCAAUGUGAGAGAAGAGCUCCAGGAUGCUCAGCGUGACUUUAUUCGAGCCUCAGUGGGGGUGAGCCGGAAAGGGAAGCUUAUGAUCCCGAAGAUGCUCCAAUGCUUCGCCCGCAGCUUUGUCGAUGAUGCUAACUUGGCAAUGUGGGUGCCUCGCUUCCUCCCUCAGCAACAGGCGGCUUUUGUUGAACAAUGCAUAUCGCAGAGGCGGCAGAGUGUCUUCGGCUCCCACAGUUUUGGCAUCCUUCCUUUCGAUUCUCGAUUCCGCUAUCUCUUCUUGCCUGAGAAACUACCCUAAAACUCUCCCUCCAACUACACACUCAAUCGCUAACCUAAAAGAACCUAACUGGUAGGAAUGAAUUCAUUUUUCUUUUUCCCUUCUGAUAUUGAGCAAAUUUUCAGAUACUAAGACCGAAUAUUGAUACAGGAAGAAAUUGACAUGAUACCGAGUUUCACCAACAUGCUUCAUGUGAACUCUACUAAGCUGAGGAAUCACAACAUGCCUGCGAGAAGCUCUUGGCCCUCGGCACACCUAAUAGUUGCAUUGCUCUCGAACUAGUAAGGCUUGUUCCCUCAUGUGAAUUUGUCAGUCUCCUCAUUAGACGAUAGAAGAGGUGGAUCUUUAAAUUAUGGUUGUCGAAUAAUUAGGUCAAGUCUAGUAUAAUUGUUAUCAGACAGUAUAUUUCAGUUGU